AUGCAACUAUUCAACAUCUACUCGCAUUAUUUCGAAAACAAUGCCCACUUGUCGCUCAAGCCUGAUGACAAUAAAUACAACAUCAUCGUCAAUACGGAACAUGGAAAACCAGUAUGUUUCAUCAGCCGCGUACCAUACACAUCGAAGUCAUCAACAGAAGCUCAUACGCCUAAUUGUCGUAAUCCCAAUAACCUGAUUACCAUUCAACGCUUGCCUUUAAAGGCCAGCAAUGCCCGCCAUAUGUCUUUGGGUCUUUUGAAUGCGCGCUCUAUAAAUAAUAAGGCAUUAUUUAUCAAAGACUAUGUAGUUGAUCAUCAAAUUGACAUCUUGGGGAUUACUGAAACUUGGACCAGAUCAGAUGGAGAAUCCAAUCGUGUUGUGAAUGAGCUGAGUCCCCGGGGAUAUUCAUUCAUCCACGUACCGAGAAAAAAACGAUCUGGUGGUGGUAUUGGCCUGUUAUAUAACACAAGCCUGAAAAUCGAAAGGGUUGAUUGUAACAGUUAUGCCUCUUUUGAAUACUUGGAGGUGAAACUGCACACUGCAUCAACAGUUGUUAGAGUUGUAGUUGUUUACCGCCCUCCUUCGUCAAAAGUUAAUAAACUUACUUCCGCCAGUUCUUUCAUGAUUUCAACGAUCUGCUCGAACACUUCUCAGUUUCCUCUGGUAGGCUUUUGA